AUGGAGCAUAUCGUCCGAGCCAUCGUCACCGGCUCCAAGGUAUUCGGACGAGCAGCCUCUGCAUCGCUGAAACAAGCCCAAGCAGCCUCGAAAUACGCCAAAGCCCAAGCUCAAAACAAUCCCAACGCUGCGCACACCUUUGCCUCCCAUGGUCUGACGCUGGAAGAAGCGUGCAAGAUCCUGAACGUCAAGCCGCCACAGCAGGGGAAAGCGAAUAUGGAGGAGGUCGCCGAGAGGUUCAAGCGCUUAUUCGAUCAGAAUGAACCGAAGAAUGGUGGGAGCUUCUAUUUGCAGAGCAAGAUUUUACGGGCGCGGGAGAGGAUAGAGAGCGAGGUGCGGCAGGCGGAAGAGGAGGCGAGUCGGGAAGCGGAGCUGAAGGAAGGGUGGAAGCCGAAAGUGUUCAAAAACCGGUAG